GCCUGGCGGCCGGCACGCUGUACCGCCUGCGCAUGCAGCCGCUCUCCGGCGAGGAAGCCACCAACCUCUCCGUGCGCACAGAUCCCUUGCCACCACCUCGAUUUGAAAUUAAUAAGGAAAAAACUACACUCACAAGCUUACAGGUUUGGUGGGAUCCUUCUCCAGGAAAGGUGGACUUGUAUAAGCUACUAUUGUCCGAUCACAAUAAUAAAAAAAUACAAGAAGUCACCAUACCAGGAAGAAUGUCAAGAAUGGAAAAUACUUUUUCCAGUCUCAUCCCUGGGAAUAAAUAUAAUAUCGUCCUUAAUGCAGUUGCUGGAAAUAAGAGUACCCCUGAACUUCACAUAAGUGGAUUUACUGUACCAUCCCCUGUGAAAAAUAUUCAAGUCAGUGUCAAGACAGACACUAUCCAUGCUUCCUGGUCUCCUGGUACUGGGCACGUGGAUCGAUACAGGCUGGUGUUACUGGAUAAUCAUGUCCCUGUUCGUGAGAUUGACCAAGAAGAUCCCUUGACUUCUUACACUUUUUCUGGACUUACAGCUGGGCACCUGUAUAACCUCUCUGUCAUCAGCCAGGCUGCAGGACUGGAAAGCAGCAGUUUUCAAACAGUUAGGACAGCCCCAGCUGAAGUCUUAGAUUUGACGGUGACUAAUGAUGACAGCUUGGAUACUUUAAAAGUUAAGUGGAGAAGACCUCCAGGAAGCCUCAGUUUCUAUAAUAUUACUCUGUUUCAUCUUGGAUCAGUUAAAGAAGUCAAAACUGUACAGCCACCCGUCACAGAGACUCACUUUGACAAGCUAACUCCAGGACGUCUUUAUCAGGUUACUGCCCGCACAAUCAGUGGUGAACUGUUUACUGAUAAGAUGGCAACUGGCAGGACAUUUCCCCAGAAAGUUUCUGAGCUGAGCGCCAGUGGUGGUGGCUGGCUGAGGUCUCUGCGGGUGAACUGGCUGCCCCCUGCGGGAGACUGGGAGAGGUACCGCCUGCUCCUGUGGAACCACUCCACCGUGGUGCUCAACACCACCAUAGAGAAGGACGCGAAGGAGUACCUCAUCCAGGACGUGGGCCUCAUCCCGGGGAGGCAGUACAACGUGGAGCUCAUUGUGGAGAGUGGCAAUCUGCAGAGCAGGACUCACUGCACGGGGAGAACAGCUCCAGAGCCUGUUCUCCAGCUCCGUGUGAAGCAUGCCAAUGAAUCCUCACUUAGCAUCAUGUGGAUGACCCCUGUUGCAGAAUGGGACAGCUAUGUCGUUUCACUGGGAGACAGGGACCUUACUGUCAUUAAAAAAGGGCUUGCAAAAGAAGCUAAGGAAUUCACUUUCACUGACUUGGUACCUGGAAGGAAAUAUACAGCUACAGUUACUACCAUUAGCGGGAUUUUAAGCAACUGGACUUCAGUGGAAGGAAGAACAGUGCCAGCCCAAGUGACUGGUCUGAUCGUGGAAAGUCAAGGAUCAACCAACAGCUUGUUUACCAACUGGACAAGAGCACUGGGAGAUGUAGAUUCGUACCAAGUACUAUUGAUUCAUGAGAACGUUGUCAUUAAAAAUGAGACAGUUCCCAGUGAAACUAACAGAUACCACUUCCAUCCCCUGAAACCUGGAGGACUCUAUUCGGUGGUUGUUACCACUAUCAGUGGGGGGAUAUCUUCCAGGCAAACAAUUGCAGAGGAGAGGACAGUUCCUUCCAGCGUGACUGGAGUAACAGUAAAUAACUCAGGUCGCAGUGACUACCUCAGUGUUUCUUGGCUGCCGGCUUCUGGAGACGUAGACAGUUAUUUGGUAACACUCUCUCACGAUGGCCAGAUUAUUCAGACUCUCACCAUUUCCAAAUCCUUCAGUGAAUGCUCCUUCAGCAGCCUUACUCCUGGGACGCUUUACAAUGUGAUGAUAACCACGAAGAGCGGCAAGUAUGAGAAUUAUUCCUUCAGCCAGGAACGAACAGUCCCUUCAAGUGUUCAGGGACUUACUGUCAGCAAUUCCGCAAGAAGUGACUACUUAAAGGUGUCGUGGUUACACGCCUCUGGAGAUUUUGAUAAUUAUGAAGUGAUCAUCAAGAACAACAAUGACUUCAUCCAAACAAAAAGUGUCCCUAAGGACGAAAAUGAAUGUGUGUUCACUAAUCUGGUCCCAGGGAGGCAGUACAGUGUCACUGUCAGCACUAGGAGUGGGAAAUAUGAAACUAGUGCGAGGGUCUACGGCAGAACAAUGCCAGAGUCAGUAAAGGAACUGACUCUUAGUAACAGGAGCACAGAGGAUCUGCAGGUAACUUGGUUAAAGGCUGAAGGGGACGUUGAUAAAUAUGAGAUUCAGCUGCUCUUCAAUGAUAUGAAGAUCUUCCCACCCAUUUUCCUUGGAAAUACCAUUGAGAAGUAUAAGUUCACAGCUCUGACUCCAGGACGUCUAUACAAAAUUCUUGUCUUGACAAUCAGUGGAGAUGCGCAGCGUGCUACUUUCAUAGAAGGCCUAACAGUUCCAAGUGCAGUCAGAAACAUUCACGUUUCACACAAUGGCAUGACAAACAGCCUGAAAGUGAGCUGGACUCCUGGAGGUGGAGACGUCGAUUCCUACACAGUGACUAUAUUUCAGCAAAACCAUCAGCUUGAUUCCCAGAGUGUCUCCAAGCAUGUCUCUGAGCUCAUGUUUCACAAGCUGGAAGCUGGGGAGCAGUACCGGGUGGUGGUGCAAUCUAACAGUGGCACCCUGCACAACAGCUUAGCAGCUUUUGGGAGAACAAUUCCUGCCUCUGUCCAGGAAUUGUUUGCCGAUCAUGCUUACAGCAGUCAUUCCUUGUUAGUAACGUGGCAGAAAGCUCCUGGUGUAGCUGAAAGAUAUGACAUUCUGCUCUUGAAUGAGCAAGGAGUCCUCCUGAGCAACAAAUCAGAGCCAGCUACUGCCAAACAGCACAAAUUUGAAGAUUUAUUAGCUGGCAAGAAGUAUAAAAUACAAGUUUUGACAGUCAGUGGCGGGCUCUUCAGUAAACGAGCAGAAACUGUUGGUCGAACAGUUCCAGCAGCUGUCACAAAUCUGAAGGUCACAGAGAGCACCACUGGCCAACUGUCCUUCAGCUGGACCACCUCACAGGGCGAGCUUGAUUCGUAUGACAUCUUCCUAUACAACCCAGACAAAUCCCUUCAUGACAGGAUUUCAGGCGAACAGCACCUGCAGCAAUGUUCGUUCCAGAACCUGCGGCAAGGCAGGAUGUAUCGAAUGGUGAUUGUUACCCACAGUGGAGACCUCACGAACGAGUCAUCUGUCUUUGGAAGAACAGUACCAGCCCCAGUUGUUGGUCUCAAGGCAUCCAACAGAAAUAUGACAGACAGUCUGUGGUUCACCUGGGAUCCAGCAGCAGGAGAUGUCGACUUCUACGAGCUGAAUCUUUAUAACCCAAAUGGGACACAGAAAGAAACAUGGCAUAGGAAAGACCUGAAAGAGUGGCAUUUCCAGGGGCUUGUUCCUGGCAGAAAAUACACCCUGGUUGUGGUGACUCACAGUGGUGACCUGACCAAUACAGCAAAUGCUGAAGGAAGAACAGCACCCAGCCCUCCUAACACUGUGUCGUUUACUGAUGUUGCAAACACUUCUUUAUCAAUCACUUGGCUGGGUCCCCCAGACUGGACAGACUACGAUGAUUUUGAGUUGCAGUGGCUCCCAAAAGAUCCCCUCACAGUAUUCAAUCCCUACAGCAGCAGCAAAUCAAAAGUACGCAUCAUGAAUGGCUUGCGACCAGGAAGACUCUAUGAGUUCAGUGUCAGAACUGUCAGUGGUGACAGCUGGAAGACAUACAGUCAGUCACUGUCUGCAAGUGUGAGAACAAAACCAGACAAGAUACAAAGUCUUCAUUGUCGGCCCCAGACCUCUACUGCCAUCGCAUGUUCUUGGACUCCUCCUGAUUCUGACUUUGAUGGAUAUAGUGUUGAAUGCAAAAAAAUGGACACUCACGAAGUGGAAUUUUCCAAAAGGAUAGAAAAAGACAAAUCUCUACUUAAUAUCAUGACCCUCGUACCCCACAAACGAUACCUGGUGUCCAUCAAGGUGCAUUCUGCAGACAUGACGAGUGAAGUAGUUGAGGACAGCACCAUCACAAUGAUUGACCGUCCCCCUCAGCCACCUCCAGACAUCCGAGUGAACAAAAAAGAUGUGCUGAUUACCAAAUCCUCCAUCAACUUUACUUUUAACUGCAGCUGGUUUAGCGAUACCAAUGGAGCUGUGAAGUACUUUACUGUAGUUGUCAGAGAGGCUGAUGGUAGUGAAGGACCAAAGCCUGACGAGCAGCACCCAUUACCUUCCUACCUGGAGUACAAACACAAUGACUCUAUACGCAUCUACCAGACAAAUUAUUUUGCUAGUAGAUGUGCCGAAAGCCCUGACAGUGACUAUAAAAGCUUUGACAUUAAGCUCGGAGCAGAAAUGGAAAAUCUGGGAGGAAAAUGUGAUCCGGAUCAGCAAAAGUUCUGCGAUGGGCCCCUAAAGCCUCGGACUGCAUAUAGGAUCAGUAUACGAGCUUUCACCCAGCUCUUCAGUGAAGACCCAAAGGAACUCCCUACACCACUCUUUGCAGACACCUUCUUCUCUUUACCAAUCACUACAGAGUCAGAGUCGCUCUUUGGUGUUAUUGAAGGUGUGAGUGCUGGCUUGUUUCUCAUUGUGAUGUUAGUGGCUGUUACUGCUUUGUUUGUCUGCCGGCAAAAAGUUAGCAAUGGCCAUGAGAGACCUACAGCAAGGCUGAGCAUUCGCGGGGACAGGCCACUCACAGUCCAUCUGAACUUGGGGCAAAAAGGGAACCGUAAAACUUCCAGUCCAAUCAAAGUCAGUCAGUUUGAAGCAUACUUCACCAAACUCCAGGCAGACUCCAACUACCUCCUGUCCAAGGAGUAUGAGGACUUAAAAGAUGUGGGUCGAAACCAGUCGUGUGACAUAGCACUUCUGCCAGAGAACAGAGGGAAAAAUCGAUACAAUAAUAUAUUGCCCUAUGAUACAUCAAGAGUGAAGCUUUCCAAUGUGGACGAUGACCCUUGCUCAGACUACAUUAAUGCAAGCUACAUACCAGGCAAUAAUUUCCGCAGGGAAUACAUAGCAACUCAGGGCCCUUUGCCUGGCACCAAAGAUGAGUUCUGGAAGAUGGCAUGGGAACAAAACGUUCACAAUAUCGUCAUGGUAACCCAGUGUGUCGAGAAGGGCCGGGUGAAGUGUGAUCACUACUGGCCCCUUGACCAGGAUUCCUUGUACUAUGGAGACCUGAUUGUCGAGAUGCUGUCUGAGUCGGUGCUCCCAGAAUGGACAAUACGAGAGUUUAAGAUCUGCAGUGAAGAGCAGCUUGACUCAACAAGGCUCAUUCGUCACUUCCACUACACUGUGUGGCCAGAUCAUGGUGUGCCAGAGACCACCCAGUCUCUGAUCCAGUUUGUCAGAACUGUAAGGGAUUAUAUCAACAGGACCCCAGACACGGGACCAAGUAUCGUGCACUGCAGUGCUGGUGUUGGAAGGACUGGCACAUUCAUUGCACUGGACCGAAUUCUGCAGCAGCUGGAUUCAAAGGACACUGUUGACAUUUAUGCAGCAGUGUAUGAUUUAAGGCUUCACCGAGUUCACAUGGUUCAGACAGAGUGUCAGUAUGUGUAUUUGCAUCAAUGUGUGAGAGAUGUGUUAAGAGCCAGAAAACUACGCAGUGAACAAGAAAAUCCCUUGUUUCCAAUAUAUGAAAAUGUGAAUCCAGAAUAUCACAGAGUUUUCCUUGCUUUCAGAUGCUGUUUAUUCAAGGCACUAAGAAUGUUACAGACAUCUACUUUUGUGACCACAUUUGUUAACUAGGGGUUUUGUUUGUUUUUUUUAAUAUAUGUAUUUCAUGCACUAGAAAGGUGCCAGACCUUUCUAUUGAAACUGUGUAUAAUUUAUUGGUCUGGUGAUUUUUUUAAAGAUCUAUAAUUUAAAUGUAAUAGAUAUUAAUGUAUAUAAUUGUAUUUUGGCAUUAUGUAAAUAUGUAUUUUUUCUAUAAUGUUUAUAAUAAUAUUAAGCUUCAGAUAAUGCUAUUAUUUUCUUAUCACAGUUUUUAUACACUGUUCUACGUAAACUAUUUUAAUAUUUUAAACUGUAUGGCUAACAGGACUGCUGAGUUUGGGACAGGUUAUGUACUGGCACGUAACACACAGGAAGACUGGUAUAAGGAGAGCCUUUUUUUUUUUUUUCCUUCCUACUUCAGUGUUUGUGAUAUGAAAUAAGCUACUAUUAAGCAAGGGAACGGUAGUCCUGUAUAGGAAUUACAAUGCUACUCUACACUUUAAACUUACUGCUUGUGAUCUCACCAAAAAGGGUGAAAUCCAUAAUACUAUGACAUACUUUUUACAGAACUCAUCAACAGCCAAAUAAAACAGGGUCCACCUCACUAAAAGCAAUUGUUUCAGUCUAAUAUGACGUAGUAGAAAAAUAUCAAACAACACAUGCUGCCGUGAAGUUUAGUAAGGCCUUUCCCCACACGCAUGCUUUGAGGGGACACAGGUCACUUUCUGGUUUCUUUACACUGGUUUAAGAGAGCAGAAUCAGACCACAGCCUGUGUCUGCAUGUUUUUAUUUGAGUACAGUUAUAAUAUGAAAGAAGUUCAAGGAAAUGCCUCAUAUGUUCAGAUGAACAGAUCUGUGAGGAUACAAACUCUGGCAACCUCUAUUGCUCAUUUAAAAAAAAAUCCCGUACCAUGGCAGCUUAAAAAAUAGAAAGAUUACAAGCAUAUUAAGGAAAUAAAGAUUUAUAAAGACAUAUAUCCUAGAGUUUACACAAUUGGCUUCAGCCUUAAGCUGCUUGCAGCCGAGCUGUUCCUUGGUCAUUCUGCCUGUAUUGAUACUGUGCUUGGGAGCACACUCCCUUCAUCACAGCCUGCUGCAGGGUAAAGCCCUCGUCUCAGCCCAACUGCAGAUCUCCUCCAAAUCCCACAUGCUUUUGCUCUUCCAGGAAUGGUCCCAGCACAUCCCCACAGAAAGACUCCUCAGCUUGAAUUUUGCCUGACAUGAUCACCACAACCACAGAUGGAAUAGGAAAAGGCCCAUCUAUAACCCAAGGGAUGUAGGCUUGCAGGGCUGUGCUAAUCAUUGGAUGCACUCAAAACAUCUAAUGCUUAGCAAGAAAUAUGAUCCGAGAGCACCUCCAGGUAUUCAGCCAAGGCAAUUAGACACAGCCUCUUUCCUCUGCAGCAAGGCUUCUACUCCAGGGACUGUGAUUUGAACACUCCAUUCUGCUCUUCUUUUUCUUUAUAAAGAUCUCUUCAAAUGAAUAAAAAAGAAGCAUCACACAGUUCACCUCCAUCACAGGAAGAAGGAAGGGCUCAGUAGUUCUGCUUUUUCCUGUCUACUCAUUUUUUACUGAAAGAAAACUUGGCCUGCUGCAGAAGGCAAGUGCCUAAAUUCCACUUUUAUUGUGAAGAGAAAUAAAUGUUUCUGAAGGCCUUCAGAGAACCAACCAAUACACCUAAAUUAAGUGCCUAAGUUAUGACUACUGUGGCUACUGGGCCAAGACCACUGUGAUUUCACCAUAGCUUAUUGGAGCUAUGCUCUCCUUGCUUUAGAAACACCUGCGUGACAAUGGAUGAAGACAUUUGCAGGGCUGAUCUGACAUAGUUUUCUUCAAAUUUUUCCGAAAGAGAGCCAGCAGGCAUGCGUGCAUCCUUGUCGGUCAAGUUUUAUUAGAGAGAAGUAAAGAGAGUAGGCUAUCCCUCUUCCUCCAUAUUCCAGUGGAGUCUCCUCCAUUCCUGACCAAAUAUCCUCAGAUGUCUCAAAAGCCAACCUUGAUAUCAGCUUUCACAGCUGCUCAGAACCUGUAGGCUCAGUUAACGUUUUGGAUGUCUCUGUAUGAAAACACUGCUCAUGCCUCUUGUACAUCCCUCUUGCCCCCACAUAAACCUCAAGAUUCACCACAAUCCCUUAAUGAGAUCUGAAGAAGAAGGGGAUGGCAUUACAGUGGAAGCCAUUCUCACAUAGGGAAGGCUAGGCAAAACCACAAAAUGUGCAAGUUUUCUUGCAGGCCCUUUUUUCCUUUGUUCUUUUUGCUAGAUAAACUAGGUUAGCAAGGAAGGACAAACAAGGGUGGCAGCUUCAGGUCUUUUACUCUAGCAAUAGCAGCUGAACUUAGGGUAUUGUGCAUAUGGUCACUGUGUUACAUGCACUGCGCUUAGUCAUUUCUUUUCGCAGCAAUAGCUGAGGAAUAAAAAUCACCACGUUAGUUACCAGUAGUGCAAUUACACUGUGAAGAUAUACCAAAUGUACUCUAUAAAUUAUCUAGCACUGUAUAUUACUGGGUUAUUUUUUAUGCUGAGGGAAAUGGAACUCGCUCAGUAAUAUGUGAUCUGAGGGCAAAAGUCAGUGGUUGUAUAUGAUGUGCGUAUGGCGUUCAUCAUUUUCAGAAGGACACACAUGGUUCUACUCUUUUAUUUUAACAUUGUUUCUCAGCUCCCUCCUCUGCCCCUACAGACUUCACAAAUCUGCACCCAAAAUGGAGUUGUAGCAGACAGCCAUUUUCAUCUUUUCGCUCAGCUAAAAAUGGACAUAGUUCAUAAGUGUCUUCCUCCUCGUCACUUAGUAAUGCAACCAACGACCUUAAACACCCUGACACGAUGCUCCCGAACAGCUUUACGUCUCUGCCUAGCUAGGUCACAUAUGAGACUGUACGCACACAUUGUUGUUCUGGUUCUGCUUUCUACCCUCUUCUGGUCAUAUGAAACCAGUGUAAAUCCACUGAGAAUAAAUAACAAGUAUCUAUGUAGCAUUUUUUUUAAUAUAAGACACCUACUUAUCACUAUAAUUAAUUAUAUUUACUGUGCCUCUAAGCUGAAUAACAGGACCGAUGGGAAAUUGUUAAUGUAACAAGAAUGGACUUGAAGGAGCCUGUGUAUUGAACAAAGACUACUCUUAAGAAAAAAUCAUCCUCCGCUGAAGAGGAUAUUUCUAUUUUGAAUGUCUGCGAAUGAUGUUCAGGAUUCCCUUCUUGAUAUUUCCCAAUAAUAAUGUUACAAAGCAAGGCUAGUGUUAUUGCUGAUCCAUAAGCUAAGAUUUGCACAAUUGGAGCCCAGUCCUGUGACUCUCUGCACAUGCAGACUUCUCGGCGUUGUCCAUGAAGCUGCCUGCGUACUUCAAUGAAAGUCAACAUGAAAAAAGCUUGAAAAUAUCAUUCAACUUCUGAAGCACUUACAGGGUUGGGCUUUUAGGUUAAUUCAAAUUUUUGUAAUGAAAGUUAUUUAAUAAUGAAAAAAUUGUAAUUAAUGUUUUUAAUCUGUGCAAUACAAUUACAAGAUCCACUACCGAUUGUAGAAGAAAAAAAAAUUUUUGCAUAGCUGGGGUUGAUAAAUGAUAUUUUUUGUUACUAACGAAACACAAAAGUGGGUGAGAGAAAUAGGCAUACUGUGAAGAUGUCAUAAAAGUGCAACUUUAUACGUUUUUCUCUGCUGCUAUAGUUAUUUAUACAGCUUAUAUGCGUGCCUAAUAUUGCCAGAAAUAUUAUUUUAUGCCAUGAUAUAUUAUGAAUUUCCUUUCUGUUGUAGGACAGAGAAAACAAAACGUGUGAGCUCUAUGUCUAUAUUAUGUAUUGUAUACUGGUAUCUAUGCUUUGACUUAGAAAUCGAAAAGUUAAAUACUAGACAGAUAGGAGUACAUCAGCACUUAGCCAUGCUCCUCAGCCUAUGUGGGCUGAGGCGAUGAGGACAAUAACCAUCUAAUCACUAUAUUAGCAUCUCCUCCCAGGGUCACAGGUUGGAGAAACGCGCCUGACGUUCAAAGAUGCAGCCUACAGCAGCUGCCGCUUCACAACCCAGGAGUGGCAUGUCGGGUGCUUACGUUUAUUCGUUAUCUCAUUCAGCCAUACAGUUUUGUGUGAUUAAAAUGCAAUAUUAAAUGACAACCACUUCCCUGGCGGCUCUGUCACAGAUUUCCUGGCGCUUGAGCUGUGCGCUCUGGGACCUGAUGUCCCAGGAGGCUGCAACUUUGAAUAAAAGCUGGGCGUGCACCGCUGUAUUUAGGCAGCUCACCGUGGACCCAACGCCCUCAACUAUCCCUCUCCAGCUGGCAAAGUCAAACUCCUGACCUGUUGGUAGCACCACCGUGGCCAAAGCAAAGUGGUCUGUUAUUAAUGACCUCGCAGAUCAAUAGCUGACGCAGACUAGGACUUUUUUUAAGACUGGUAGGAAUUACUGGCGACUAGGGAGUAGCUAAAUUUAGCAAAUACUGUGGAGUUCAGGCACAUACAGCGUCAGUGAUGCUGGUAAAUUGAUAUGCAAGAUUUGGUUGAAUUUAUUUGCAAGCUAAAGAAAUGCUGUAAAUCAACUAGCUAAAUACAGAUUGCUCUCUAGAAGGGCAGUAUGUUAUAGUAAAGAUGGGGGGGAGGAAAAAAAGCUUUUGAAAUAUGGCUAGCCAUUAAUAUUUUGCCUGUGCCUGGAGUAAAGCAACUGAAAAACAUCUUCAGUACAUAUUCCAUUCUCAAAUGCUAUAUAAUUAUUACAUUUGUGUUCCUAACAAAUGCUGGGUGAACACCAAAUUGUGCUACUAUUGUCAAUUUAAUUUAUGCAUUUGUUAAGUCUAUUUUUAUAUUUUUAGCUGCAGUCAACAAAGCAAAUAUAUUUGAGUGUAUUUUACA